AUAAACAACAUGUCAAACCCACAAAUUUUACGCUUUUUCAUAGUUUUUGCAGUGGUUCUUGUUAAUCCUGCUUUCUCAUUGGACAAUGGGUUGGCUCUUACACCACCAAUGGGGUGGCUAACAUGGCAAAGAUUCAGAUGCGAAACAGAUUGUGCUAACCAUCCAAAUGAGUGCAUAAAUGAAAGUCUCAUAAAGUCUAUGGCGGACCAAAUGGCUUCUAAAGGAUAUCUGGAAGCAGGCUACGAAUAUAUUAUAGUGGACGAUUGUUGGGCUUCAAAGGAGAGGGAUAUGCAUGGUAGACUUCAGGGCGAUCUAGAAAGAUUUCCAAGUGGAAUGAAAGCUCUAGCAGAUUAUGUUCAUGAAAAAGGUCUUAAGUUUGGUAUAUACGGUGACUAUGGUAAUUUUACAUGUGGUGGCUACCCAGGCAGUUUGCAAUAUUUAGAAACAGAUGCCAUGACAUGGGCUGAUUGGGGUGUUGAUUAUUUGAAACUUGAUGGGUGUUAUGUAGAACUUGAGGGCAUAGAUCAAGGUUAUGGUAUGAUGACAAAAUUCCUUAACCAAACUGGACGCCCCAUUGUUUUUUCUUGCAGCUUUCCUGCAUAUGUAGGCAUUAAAGCAAACUUAUCAGCGGCUGUUGAAUAUUGUAACUUGUGGAGGAAUUAUGGAGAUAUCAGUGACACUUUUGAAGAUGUCAAAGAUAUAGCAGAUUGGUUUGGUGAUAACCAAAAACAAUUGAUGCCAUUUGCUGGACCUGGGCAUUGGAAUGACCCUGAUAUGUUGCUUAUUGGUAAUUUUGGUCUAAGUUUGGAGCAAAGUAAGCACCAAAUGACCAUAUGGGCCAUUUUGGCAGCACCAUUAAUAAUGUCUGUAGAUUUAAGGGCGAUUUCAGAUGAAAGUGCUGAUAUACUGCAACAUCCCAAAUUGAUUAGGAUAAACCAAGAUCCUUUGGGGAUACAGGGUGAAUUAGUAAAAAUAGAUAAUGAAAUCCAUAUUUGGCAAAGGAUAAUUCAAGGAAAUAAUCCUGAUAAUACUUGUAAAGCUUUGGCUUUUGCAAGCUAUAGAACAGAUGGUACCAUCUACCAAUAUAAUUUUAAAGUUUCCGAGUUUUUGAAGUACAAUGGCUCUUUUGUAAUACAGAAUAUUUGGAGAAAGUCUGAAAUGAAAAAAUCGUCCGAUGAAACUAUAACUGCCAGAAUUCCUCCAAGUGGUGUUGAAUUGUUUAUUGUAUGUCCUUUAAAUGAAUAAAUCAGUUAUAUUUAUAAAAAUAUAUUUAUUUCAUAAAAAGAUACAAAUAUUGCAAAUUCAUAUUCAAUAAAAAAUUUGACUAGACAAAAAUUAGCCAAAAAGUACAAUUUACACUAAUAUCACAAAUUAAUCUAGUUUUGACCACAAAAAUUGCAUAAUACUGUAAAACCUAGAUUGUGGCGUAAAUUACGAAAUUACUUAUCCCUAAAUUUUAUCAAUGUCGUUGGGAUACAGUUGUCUUUCACCUUCAUUUAAAAAAAUCAUCAUGGCUUUGUAUAGUAGGUGCAUCCCGAACAUCUUCUUUUGUUUUUGACUCCAGGUUGCCGCGAUUCCGUAAAAAUCUCCGUAUUUCAGAUUUUUGACGUUUUCAAGUUUCAGAGCCAAAAUCAUCGAGGCUUCGCGAGUGUAAGCCUCGACUGGAAUCACGUUGUGAAAAACUUGCAAACAAAUAACCCCGGUGUUAUUUUUCCAUAUAUCGAUGAUAUUUUGUAGCUUUUUAUCGGUAGUCUUAAACUCCUUUUUAUUCCAUAGGGAAACUGCUUCGUAUAGGUGCGAAUAAGGCCUGGACUUCUUUCCUUUGCCGACGUAAAAAAUGGCGGAUAAAAAGGUCUCCCAGAUUUCCUUGGGCUGCAUUAGUUCGGCCCUACACGGUAAAUUAUUCGUUAUUCUAGAAUCCAGGAGUAGGUAAGUGAAGGAUGUUUUGUUGACUCCUUCGCGCCAUUUUCUCGACGGAUCUGGGCAGCUAAAUUGUUUUGAUACGGAUUCUUCUAGGAUUUUAUAAGGCGAUAGGUCGUUUUGCCAUGUGGAGUCUCGCAGGGUUUUUUCUAUUUCAACUGAGUAAACUGAAAAGAAAAAUUGCG